AUGGACUUGAAGUCUGCCCCUCUUCUCGUUGAUCCUGUUCCCACAAACAAGUCGAGAUUGGGCCUGCAUUCUAGUUUGUUGUCUUGCCCACCACCAGCGUCAUCAUUUCCUUUGGCAUUGUAUUUGAUGAUUCCCUGGAGAAAGCCGAUUACUGGAAAACUCGAUGACGUCUGUGCCAACAGUUGGCUGGAUGUUAUGAAAUCCUCAUCACCUCGCAAAAUGCUAAUCAAGGAUUCAAAUAUUGAGGCUGUGUCAGAUGAAAAUGAUGUUGCGUAUCCCUUGUGGGUGUUGAAAUUUCCAUCUACUCUAACUUCUUUUGAGCAAAUCAUGAAAUGUGCAGAAGGCAAUUCCCUUGCAUUAUUAAUGGAUUAUGAUGGAACACUUUCACCAAUCAUAGAUGACCCUGACGCUGCUAUUAGGUCUAGUGAGGGCUCUGCAAGUGCAAGGAUUGGUAGAGUAGAUGGUAUGGCGGGUUGA